AUGUCUGAUCCAUCGUCAGCGCAUUCAUCCGACAGGAUUGGAAUACAGGAUCAUAUCGACGCGUUCAGCUCAUCGAAUGAUCCGAUAACGAAGCGGGUAGACGCAUGCGAAGCAAUAUGUACCGCGUGUACGGAUUCCCUUGAGUCAAGGGCAGCAUUUAUUACCGAGAGGGGCUUUGAAAACGCCCUAGAUGUACUCCAUCAACUCGCCAGCAGUGGGCAACCAGCAAGCAGCGACAGUCAAGAUAGUCAAUUGGUGCAUGUGUCGGCAAAUGAUACCCUGGAUGAAGAAUGCACACCAUUGCUGGUGGGGUUACUAAAGGUGCUGGGCGUUGUUCUACCGGCGCAAAGAUGGUAUGAUAUGGAUGGUUGGAAGCAGCUGAGGAAGGUGUUGGUCGUUGACGGGCUGGCGGACAAGGAUUCGGCGCAAGUACUUCAAGCGUGUCUCGACCUCCUGGUUGAUGGAGCGAGCCAUGAGCUGCGACAUGCCGGAGUUUCACCAAUCAUCGUUGAAUUGGUCGCGAAAAUGAAUCCAAAGAAUGAUUCGGGCUGUUUGCGAGCAUGCGAACUCUUGAAAAAGUUAAUUGAGGAGAACCGUGCGAACCAAAUGUCUUUACGGCGAGCAGGUCUGGUUGGAGCAAUAACCGGGAUUUUAUGGCCUGAAGGCAGGGAAUCUGAUUCUGUGGUUCUGGAGGGAGACUUGAGGUCACUUGUCUCAUCGAUGGCCCAAACCCUCUCACGAUGGGGUGUCGAACAGAACGACUUCCGCCCCCUGUUCCGUUCUGCCGUACUCAAACCACAACCGGGCCAGUUGGCAGAUUUCCUCCUUAACAGCGUAGAUGAAUCCACCCGCAUUCCAGCUCAUAUCCAUUUCUCUAUGGCGCCCCGCGGUGCUUCAUCUCUUGAAAUCGAAUCUCUUGGACGUCCUUUUCCUACACCGAACACGAACGGAUACACCGUGGCAAUGUGGAUCAACAUUGAUGUCCUUGACGAUAAGAUGCACACAACACUCUUCGCGUGUCAUGAUCAGUCUUGGAAGAGUUAUGUAGUGUUGUACGUCGAGAAAGAGACGAAGACAAUUGUGCUGCAGACUGCUUUGAGAUCAGCUUCACGGUUCAAGGAGUGGACGAUUGAGGCGGGAACGUGGUAUCAUGUCGCAGUUGUGCAUUAUCGACAUUCGGGAAGUACGCCAAGUAAGGCGGUUUUAUACGUAAAUGGGAGGCAGGUGGAAGAAGUGAAGCAGCCAUUCCCCGCGGAUUCACCAUCGGGCGCCCCAGUGCAGGCUUAUUAUGGUACACCAGCAAGUAUAUCACCCGAGCUGGGCAAAGGUAUUUUCAAGGGUGAAUGGAGCUUGGGUCCGGCAUACCUGUUUGAUGGCGGAAUGCCGUACGAAUUGAUCAAACUCUUCUACCAUUUGGGACCUAGGUACACAGGCAAUUACCAGGACUCACUGAGCAGCUUUCAGACGUACGAAGCAUCUACUGCAUUGAACAGAGUGCUUGAGGCAAUGCCGCCGAGUAAAGCUGAGAAGAGCCCGUUAAUGAACGCUGUCAAGGGCAAAGGUGUUCCUGCGAUCUUGGAGCGUUCCAUUAUUCUCAAUAUUUCUGCUGGCAAUACGGUGAUCGAUCGCAAUCUUCUGACUCGCCAAGCGAAAAGAAAUCUUUUCUCUUUCGAACAAAAGGCAGGGGCGGGGAACGUGAUCCUGAACGGCGCUAUCCCUAAACCCGUUGAAGCUCUGACCGUGAGAAGUGGAUUUGGAUUCCUUGUCAAUUCACCCACAGUCGUGCUCCCAACACCUGCAGAUGCUGUGGCAUGGAAGAUGGCAGGGUGUUCGGCUUCGUUGAAGAUGAUUGAGAAUGCGCAUACCGCUGAGCAAGUGUACAUCGCUAUCAAAUUCUUCUUUGGAUUGAUCCGCAGGAGUUGGCGAAACUCGGAUGAUGUGGAAAGGUCCAAUGGAUAUGAGGUGCUUGGUCAGCUCCUCAAGGAAAAAGAUGCCGGUGUGAUUACGGAAGAUUUGCUGAGAUUAGCGCUUGAUUUUGUUGGUAUGAGAAGUACUGCCACGGAAAAGUCGGUGGUCAACAAUCCCCUUGCGUACCGCUUCCUCGUCUUGGACUUUGAUAUCUGGAGAAAAGGUGACGUUGCAACUCAGAAGGCUCAUUUGGAGCACUUCAGAAUACUCGCUUCUUGCGGGGGGACAUUCCAGCAGUUCAACAUCAAGCGAUUCGCAAAGAUGCACGUCGUUAAGAAGAUGUUGAACGUGCUAAAGUCGAGAAAGUUGACACCGGAGCUAUCCGAUGAAUUCUUUUCGACCCUCAAAAUAUUGGUGAAGGUCAACUUCUCCACCGAGGUGGUGCGGUCUCUGGCAACUUUUAUCACGCAUUGCUUUUGUCAGAAGUCACUCCGGUAUCGACGGAAGCAGCCUCCACGUCGGAAUAUGACCCUGGGCACUACUGUGCGAGUAAGCUCACCUAUCUCCGCUGGUGACGAGCCGUCGCUGCAGCACAUUGGCAUAUCUCUGGUGGAGUUGCUGACUGAACUUAUCUGCGAUCCUUCGGAUUCAACGUACUGCACAAAGUUUGCCACGACCAUCACGAAUAAGUGGCCUCUGCUCUUGCUGGCUGAAUCCAGCCCCCGAUGCGUCAUCUUGGGUGCCAAGAUCCUCGCUCGAUUAUUCGUGUCUCAGGGCGCCCAAUAUGUAGCAAAGUUUGCUAGCCCCAAAAGUAACGGAUUUUUGAUCAUGAAAAUGCAUCUGCGGCAACACUGGCAGGUCUCUCCACUCUGGAUGAUCCUGAUUUGUGUACUCUUUGGCGUCGACAUAGCCAGCGUGGACCUUGACGAGCCCAUCGAGUUGUAUCAUCUACUCGAGAGUACGCAGAAGAAAGAGGGAGAGCCGGAAGUCGUGUACCUGGAGGUUUUCCCCACCAUUGCUGCUAUGCUCAAGAACUCUAUCGCCUCAUUAGUACGAGAACGGAUCGAACAUGAAAGCUCAGCCCUGUCACCUCCGUCCUCAGACGCAUCGCGUCCUGCAAACACCCGGCGCCGUUCGCGCUCGGUUGGCUCUUGGAUGUCAGAAGUCUCGAUUUCACAACUGAAGGAACCUGCAUCAAGUCGUCCGCAGGAUAACGGACGAAUGAUCCAGGUUCUGGUUCAGUUCUUCCAGAAUGUUCAUUUCAACAGUGCGUCUUUCCGUGACUUCUGCGCAUCAUCCCUUUUCUUGGAAAAGGUCCUGUCAAUCCUAUUUCCAAUAAUCUGUGCUGCGGAUGCCGUUGAGCCCGCAACCGAGCUGGAGUCCAGCAAUUCCGCGUUGACCUUUGAUGGUGAAGUGGUUAUUGACUCUCUAGCGGGCAAUCGUGGACGCGCGCCGGUGAUACGCCCUGUGUCUACUUCACCGUCAAGCAGCCCAAGAGGAGCUCGACCAGAUACACUCAGGCGCACGUCACUGAGGCGUGAAGGUUCUUACGUGUUGGUAUCCGAGGUGACAGAAGAAAGACAGGGUUCGCCCACGAAGGCUAGACUUGAGCCUGCUAUGAAAACGGACACCUCUCGUGAGGCACCAACCAUUCUCGAUCAUUCCAAUCGCGCUGUAGAGAGCCUCGUCGAGCUACUGCUUACUAUCAUCAUCGAUGCUAUUCUUGGCAGGAAGGAUUAUGUCGAGCUUGACACGAUAUUGCCGCCUAGCUUUGCCGAGUAUCACAUCUACUUCGAGACAUAUCUGAAACGGAAUGCUCUUGCACAACUUGAUAACACGCUCUCUCUGCACAUGAAACAGCUCUGCGAGGUGCGAACCCUUACAAACGUGGCACGCUUUGUACAGCGGUCCACGGAUGCAGUAUAUCAAGGUUUCUUUCUUGAGGGGUCGGAGCCAUUAUUCGAGUUUAUCGCGAAGAUCAUCGAGUUCCUCCAACAGCCUGAGAUCGCGUCGUUGAGGACAGUGCAAAUAUGUGAGAACUCGCUUUUUACUCUCCAUAAAGCCUUCCAUAGGCUCACUUUAUGGCGGUUGUCGGAAUUGGGUGAUAUACAUGAGCAUGAACAGGCUGCAACCGAGCUUCUUCAUCGCUUGUUGCAUUACCAGCAGGUGUUAUUGUCACCUGUAAACACGGACGGCAAUUUUCUUCGGCUUCUGUGCUAUCACCUUUACGUCCUUCUCGUGGAAGGCGACCGGACUGUUCGAUUGAUCACCAGUAACAUCUGGCGUCUGCUGCUCUUGCAAAAGCCCGUCGAGACAUCCAUCAUCCUGAACCAAGCGAAGUCGUUGGAGUACAAGCAGAUAUCAGCAGGUUUCCUGCGAAUCAUGGAGACCGAUGCGAAUAGCUUCCUGGAUUGGGUGGACGCCCACCGUCAUCCGCUAGAUACCUUUUUCUUUACUAGCAUGGCAGAGGCUUGGGAUGCCUUCGUACAGUCUGAAAACAAGGUUAGCCAGGAAGCAUUGAAGUCACGGGCCAUUAAGAGGCAGACGAAACUGAAGGAGUGGAUAUCCAAUGAUUCUGUGGAACGGGAAAGCAUGGCGCGGUAUGACCACUCGACGGCGCAGUGGACUAGAAGCAUAUACGACGUUGAGCAAGUCAGAUUUCUCAAAGCUGCGCAGGAUCAAGCGGAUCACACCGCCUUCGUCGAUACCAAAUGGACCGCGCUCUCGGAUACUUUGACUGGACCGGCGGGGCUUCUGCAAGUUGAUGGCCAACCACAGAGUUGGAGACUUGAUCUUACGGAAGGCAGGAAUCGCAUGAGGAAGAAGCUCGCUCCUGAAAAGCAUGGGAAGUCUCUGAAGGGUCUAAAAGCAGCGCCCUCUACCAAAGGUUCAUCUCAAUCAGUUGCAGACAGUAAUCGCCUGGUUCAGUCUCCCGAUGGCUCACCACCUCAGUCGCGACGAGGCACCAUCAGUGAACUCGAAGAUGCAUCAUUUGUCAACAGUGAUGAGCAGAAGAACAGCGAUCAGUUUGUGCCGUCGCCAUCCGGAGAACCUCAGGAAGUCAGAGCGGAAGAUGAUUUCGAAAUGGUUGAAGAUCCUCGAAAUGAGAUCGAGGAUGAUACAGUUUAUGAGGAGAAUAAACAUCGCAAAGUCCUUCGUAAUCUUCAGCCUGGCGAUAUCGUUCUUGAUGUUGCGAAUGUCUCCCGCAUCAUGGGUCUGGAGGCUUGCGAGGGGUUGCUUCUUCUUGGAAGGCACAAUGUGUAUCUUCUCGAUUUCUACUUCCAAAGAUCCGAUGGUGAGAUUGUUGAUGUAUGGGAUGCUCCGCAAGCCGAGCGCGAUUCUUAUUUGCAGAUGAUCUCCGGCAAAGAGUCCAGUUCAAAUGCAUCUCCGAGUGCGGGUGCCCUUGGAGAUACACAUGAAGUGCGCCACUGGGCAUACCAGGAUGUCGUGUCUGUCUCCAAACGCCAAUUUCUUUUUCGAGACGUUGCACUUGAGAUCUUCUUUGCGGAUGGUCGAAGCUAUCUGAUUACGACUCUUUCUGUUGGACAACGGAAUCAGUUGCAUGCGAAGCUACUUCACCAAACACUACCCUUUGGGACUUUAAAUGCCAAGGGACUAAGUAGUGCGGAAGAGGAGUGGGUGUAUGACCAGAAUCGAGGCAUUGCAUCCCAGUUAAGCAUGAAGUUCAACAACUUCUUCACUGGUGUUCAGCAGAAUCCGGCCACAAUAAGGUGGCAGAACAGAGAGAUUUCGAACUUCCAUUAUCUCAUGCUGAUUAAUACGAUUGCCGGUCGCACAUAUAACGACAUCACGCAGUAUCCUGUCUUCCCGUGGGUUCUUGCGGAUUACACCAGCGAGGAACUUGAUCUGACCGAUCCGAAGACGUUCCGCGACUUCUCCAAGCCCAUGGGUGCCCAGACUCCAGAACGGCGAAAGGAUUUUCAGGAUCGCUAUGAAGCUUUUGCAGAGAUGGAUGCAACUUCGAGACCAUUCCAUUACGGAACUCAUUACAGCUCCGCCAUGAUUGUGUGCUCUUACUUGAUUCGUCUGCGACCCUUCGUGGAGUCCUACCUUCUCUUACAAGGUGGACAGUUUGAUCAUGCUGACCGACUCUUCUAUUCGCUCGAGAAGGCAUGGUUAUCCGCAUCAAGAGAAUCGAGUACCGACGUUCGUGAGCUUAUCCCAGAAUUUUUCUACUUACCCGAGUUCCUCGAAAACUCCAAUGGAUUCGAUUUCGGUGUAUUGCAAGGGUCUGGAACGCCAGUGAGCGACGUGAUCCUGCCUCCAUGGGCCAAAGGGGAUCCGCGGAUUUUUAUUCAGAAACACCGUGAGGCGCUUGAGAGCGAUUAUGUCAGUGCUCACCUUCACGAGUGGGUCGAUCUCGUCUUUGGAUCCAAUCAGCUCGGUGAGGCCGCCAUUCGCACAACAAAUGUGUUCCAUCACUUGUCGUACCAGGGUGCGAUCAAUUUAGACAAGAUCGCAGACCCUGUGGAACGAUUGGCUACCAUCGGUAUUAUUCAUAACUUUGGUCAAACACCAAGGCAAGUCUUCACGCGAACGCACCCACCGCGGCAACCCGACUUUGCAGAGCGGUCAUCGACUUCUCUUGGGCGGUUUGAAGACAACGUAACGCAACUAAUACAGGCGUUCUCUCCCUUGCGAGACCUCAAGCAGCUUACGCAAUCAUUGACGUAUCUGCCUCAGACUGAUGCCUUAGUGGCCAGCACUGCUAGCAGGAUUCACAUUUCGGGCGACAGGUUUCUCGACGUGGGACUUGUGGACGGCUCUGUACGGCUCAUUGGACCUGAUAUCAAUAGCAUGGGUGCUCGUUUCGAACAUCUUACUGAAGAUCGCUUGACGUGCGUUGAAUUCCUUGGUCAGCGCAUGAUAGUUGCAGGGGAUGAGGGUCAUCUCGUUUGCAUAUGGAGUCUGCAGACUGGGAAGAACACAGAUAUUCAGCUACGCGAGUGCUUGCGUGGUCACACGGGGCCUAUAACGAGCCUUGCUGUGUCAAAGGCAUUCAGCUUUGCUGUUAGUGGGUCGACUGACGAAACGGUUAUCGUGUGGGACCUCAAUCGUUUGAAGUUUAUUCGCAAGCUUCAGCCACGGUCUGGACCUAUUACCAAGGUUGCGAUCAACGAUGUCAAUGGUGAUAUCUUGACAUGCACAAAAGCUGCGCUUGAUCUGUGGACGAUAAACGGCGAACACUUAGCAACACAUCUACAGGGAGGUGAUCGUGCAGAUAUCGUCACAUCGUGCAUAUUCUACGAAGGCAUCAGUAAUGAGCAUCUCCAUCGCGACCUGCUCUUCACCGGUCAUCGUGGGGCAAUCACAAUCUGGACAAAAGAACUAGCCGAGACAGGCGAUGAGUGGACUCUGACUCCGCUACACGAACUCAAGUUACACAACCGUAUAAGCAAUACGCAGAUUACGGAGGAUGUGACGGCAAUUCUUCCGUCCGGUCAAGCACGCACGCUUUUUGUGGCAGACCGCUUGGGAAGGUUGUACAUUUUUAACCUGCCUGACACUACGAGCACAAGGCACUACGUAUCGGAAGCAGCAUCGGAUGUUUGCCUUGUUUGCAGGAUGCAGUUUGGGGUGAUGGAGCGUCGUCAAAACUGUUCCGUCUGUGGUGUCCUCAUGUGUGGGGAUUGUGUGAUUGUUCCAUCGACGUUCGGGGUGUUACAUUCGAAGAAGCUUUGCAAGCUGCUUGCCCCGCGGCCGAAGCGUUCGGCAAUCAGGGCGCAUACAACACCGGGAACCGUUUACUGCGACGAAAUAAAAGCAGCAUACAUCCACCCAAUAGCAGAUGAGCCCUUCAUGACUGAACAUAUAGGAACAGCCGCCAAUGUAUUAGGUACUAUUGGCACAGUUUGUUGGUGUGUGCAAUUGGUACCACAAAUCUGGACGAACUGGAGACGCAAAUCGACUACUGGACUAUCACCAUGGAUGCUUAUGUUAUGGGCCGUUGCUGCUCCUCCAUACGGAAUUUAUGCCAUCGUGCAGCAACUCAAUAUUCCCCUUCAGAUACAGCCGCAACUGUUCGGUAUCCUGUCGCUUAUCACAUGGGCCCAAUGUCUUCAUUAUGAGAACAAAGUCGCUGCGUGGAAUUGUUGGGUGUAUACUAUUGUCCUGAGUGUCCUUUUUGGAGGAAUUGAAGCUGGGUGUAUCGUUGGACUGAGGAUACCAUACGAUGACGGUGUGACGUGGCCGAUUACACUGAUUGGAGUCAUCGCUGUCGUGCUGAUCGUUGCCGGUCUGUGUCCACCCUAUAUCGAUAUCUGGAAACACCGCAGCGUGAGAGGAAUCAGCUUCUAUUUCCUCAGCAUUGACAUGUCAGGCGCGCUGUUCUCCUUUCUGUCAUUGGUCUUCCAGACGUUUGACAUCCUUGCUGCCGUCAACUAUAUCCUGGUUUUCGUGAUGGAGAUUGGUAUCAUCCUUUGUCACGUUGGCUUCGUGAUCAGAGACCGACGGCGAGCGAAGAGGGAGGGGACAGUGAAGAAAGACGAGGAGACUCCGACGGAGGGAGCUGACAUUGCGGAUGUUGUCACGCAGGAGCACGAAGGGCAUCAUACGAAAGCUGCGGAUGACAAGAAGAACGCUGCGGCAACGGCAUGAUAUGUUAUUGAGGAUAAUAUGGCAUGAGGACAUUAGAAUAUGGACUCCGGAUGGCGUUUUGCUUUGAGAUGAUUGAUAGCAUUAGGGUAAUGAGUGCAUGAUAGACGAACUGUUCGAUGCUUCAUCGUCCUGUGAGGGA